CAAGGAUAUACAAAAAUUUUUAAAUCAAUUGCUCACGUGCAUUAAAUGAAAUUUCAAAUUUGUUCAAUUCCCUAUUUUGGUGGCCAUUCCGAAAGCUGAUAACUAAAUCCAAUGAGUGACAUGAAAAAUAUCAGUGAGAGCGUAAAACGCUGCCUCAGCCAUCAUCGUCGACUUAACCAGAAUAUUGCCGCACUGGAGCAUGUGAUGGACGAUGACUUCUUUAGCAAUCCGCACAGACAAUGGAUUUACCAUCGACAGCAACAGCAACAGCAACAGCAACAGCAACAACGACAACGAUGUGAGGAAUGCGGAGAACAGGACUCAAAUGUCGCCCAAUUCCGAUUCACAUUGCCAUCUCAAUCGCUGGCCGAGGCCAAACAUUGGCAAUUGCCGCCCUGCAGAAUGCCUUUUGCCAUGGAUGGUCAUUCAGUUAGUGAGCACACUUUGCACACUGCCAUCGAAAAUAAUCUAAAGAUGAAAAAAGCUAUUCAGAGUCUCAUAAAAUCAGAAGAAAAGUCAAUUCACGAUCUUAAGUUGUUAUCCAAGUCAGUGACUCAAUUAAAUAAUCCGAUAUAUCAUAGUCGUUGUCGUUUGCCAUUGGCCGCAGCUCCAACUCCUGCCCCAUCGCCCACGCGUUGUCCUGGCAGUCCACGCAUUUCCCAGGGCCGUAAUUAUAGUUGGGGCCUUUAAAAUGAUGACGAUGAUCUUCCUCAACGUUUAUUUUGUUCUAAUUUGGCUAAUGUGAAACAUGUAUAUAAAGUAAAAUGGCCAGCGCAUUACGGACGAUGGCCAGAACGCAAGCUUAUAUGGUUAUUUGCGUUUUGACCCGUCCGUGGGCACUGCAACUAGUUCAA